AUGCGGUGCGUUCACAUUCUUCUUCUAACUGCCUGGACAGUCACUCACUGUCUGAAGACAGAAAAUGAAGUGUCUGGCUGGGUAGGAGGGUCACUCAGUAUCCCGUGUCACUACAAUCCCAACGAUAAAGGACAUGUGAAAUAUUGGUGCAAAGGAUGGCAAUGGCACUCCUGUAAAAUUAUAAAACAAAGUGAUUCUCCAGAGAAAGGUGACACCAGAAUAUCCAUACAAGAUGAUAAAGACCGCAGUGUGUUCGUUGUGUCUUUGAGUGGUCUGACAAAGGCAGAUUCAGGCCCGUACUGGUGUGGCAUCAAGAUCAGUGAAGAUGGGGCCUUCCUGCGGCUGAAAGUCACAGGCCCAUCUAACUUGUGGGUGGAUGAAACAGUUAUCACUGGUCAAGAAGGAGGAUCUGUCAGUAUUCAGUGUUACUAUACUCCUGAAUUUGAAGACCAUAUGAAAUUCUUAUGUAGAGGCAUGGAAUGGAGCUCUUGUGAAAUUCUGGUGCAGUCGGGUGCUCGAAGUUCUAAAGGGAACGUGACCCUCAGAGACGACAAGAAAGAGCGAGUCUUCACCGUGAGUCUGAGUAAACUGGAAAUAAAAGAAUCUGGAUACUAUUGGUGUGCUGUUGAGAAAAGAGGAGUUAAAAAAGGGACAUCUAUAGACUUCAGGAUUUUUGCCUCUCCUUAUCUGUGGACAAAUAAAUCAUUAAUCCACUUUCAAAAGGGUGGAUCAGUCAGCUUUCAGUGCCAUUACAAUAAGGAUUACAAAGACCAAGUAAAAAGCUGGUGCAAGGGGUCUGAAUGGAGCUCCUGUGAUACCAUAAGGUGGUCAGACAGAGAGAAGGUGACGCUCGCUGACAAUAUUAAGCAGACAUUCUUCACUAUCAGUGUCAAUGGAUUAGAGAUCGAGGACUCUGGAGAUUACUGGUGCUCUGUUAAGAAGAAAGGAAUAUCUAAAGGAGUACACAUGGAGCUGAGGGUCAAUGCUUCUUCAUCCUAUCUAUGGACAAAUACCUCUUUGAUCAUUGGGCAGGCAGGGGAAGCUGUCACCCCCAUUGUUAUUAUAAUCAAGAAUACAAAGAUCACUUGA